GCCUAAUAGUUCUGCUUCUACCCUGUCUUUUACGUUUUUCCCAUUUUUACAGCGACACGACCAGUAAGUAAUAAUUCAAUAGUACUCUAGUAGCGACCAUACAAACUUCUAGAAAUUUGUGCAGGCUUUGAUACAACAUCAGUAGUCUUUAAUUCAACAAAAUUAAGUAGUACAAGUACCACCAACGACAGACACGCCCACCCAAUGCCCAACAUGAAGCUGCCUUUGAAAUGGGGGAAGCAAGAAUUGACCGUCGACGUCGAAGAGGGUCUUUCGGUCGAGGAUUUUAAAUCCCUGGUUUAUUCCAUGACCAUAUGCAUUGCAAAAGUAUCGUACUCGUAUAAAUGCAUUACAAAUUUCCUCCGCGUGAGAAAUAAAAUUUGUAAUGCGGAUUUACGAUACGAAAAAAAUGCAACACUUGCAUUUAUACGAGUGCGAUACUUUUGCACAGGAUAGACCAACGUGCCGACGGAUCGGAUGAAAUUCCUCGGAUUUGCCGGCGGUUUGUUAAAGGAUUCGGACGACCUGACGGCAAAAAUCAAGAAGCUGAAACCGAAUGCGAAAGUGCAGCUGGUAUAAGAAGGUCAAGUAAGUAGACACGGAGUUGCACUGUUGAAGAUCAUUUCUCGAGAAUGUAGAGGUAGUUGUGCAUCAUGCACAAUUUAUUUUCACUGUUGCUGAAAAAGUUGCAGGAGAUAAACGAGGAAAAUAUAAUGUGUCCUGAAACCUUGGUCAACCCGUUCCUCACCAUCAAAAAAUCUUCGUACUAUCAGAUCGGCACUGCCGAGGGAAAGGAGAUCGAAAAGCCGGCUGAGAAAACGGUUUUCAUGGAGGAUCUCACCGCGGAAGAAAGGGCAAAAAUUUUGAAGGAAAAGAAGAUCGAGGUGCUCCCGUGCGGGCUGAAAAAUCUCGGGAACACCUGCUACAUGAACUCCGUUGUGCAAGUUUUGAAAACGGUGCCCGAGUUCAAGGACGGAUUGAUUCCAAGCUCCUCCUCCUCCAGUUCUUCCUCCUUCGCGGGCAGUCUCGGCGCGCCCAGCGACGGGCAGUUCGUCACCUCGAUGCGGAAUUUUUUCAACCAGAUGGAGUCUACCACCGACACCGUCACCCCGUUUGCUUUUGUCAACACCUUGCGGCAGAGAUUCCCACAGUUUGGCCAGGCUACAGGGAACCCGCCGAACUACCAGCAGCAAGACGCAGAGGAGUGCCUGCGAGAAAUGUUCUCGGUGAUCGGCAACGCGACGCAAAAGGAGGUGGACGGGAAAACAACGAACAUAGUGGACUCCUUGUUCGGGUUCCGGAUGAAGAGCCAGUAAGAAAAACAGAAGUCGCAUUGUUCAGUGAUUAGUAAAUGAUUACUUGUCAUGCGUAAAGAGGCAAAAAAAAAGUGGUUUGUCAUGCUUGGAGCCAUUAAAAAGGAUACCAAAUCUACUUCGCUGUAUCAGGUACAAGUGCCUGGAGUCUGAGGACGAGCCGCCAGAAGAGCGACAAGAGUCUAUCGAAAGGAAAAAUCCCCCCUCCCCAUAUCAAAACGGAAUUUCUGAUGCUGGAUUUGUGUACGCAAAUCAGCUUUGCACUGCAGAGAGGCAUUGCGACCAGAUCCCCAGGCGAGGUAGGGGCGUAUGGGUCUAGUUGUUCAGCAUGGCAAACGGUUCCCCUCUAGGCCCAACAGCAUGACAAAUCGCUUCCAUGACGGGGCGAAGCUUCUGGCCCUGUCUUCUUGCAAGACAAAUGCGACUUGUGACCUCAAACCAGCAACGCAAAUUUUCGGAAACAUACCUUUUCGAUGCGGAGAGGGGGGAUUUUUCCUUUUGAUAAAGUCCUACCGCUUCUUUGUCUGCCACAUGGGCUCCACCACCGAGCCUGUGUCGCACAUGCACGAGGGGAUUAAACACAGCUUGAAGGAGCACCUGGAGAAAAACAGUCCCAGCUUAGGUAAGUACUGAUGAUUGCAGCAUGAUUCAUUCCUGUUAAUCACAACUUCUGCAUCACGGUAAUAUCAUUGGCCAUAAUGCAAGAGAGGUUUUCACUUUAAGAACAUCUUCUGUCAUGCUGAUGCGCCAUCCCAACUUUCACUUUCAGGCCGCCUCGCCCAGUAUGAGAAAUCUACGUGUAUGGCGUCGCUCCCCGACUACCUGUGGGUCCAGUUUGCCCGGUUCGGCUACAAGCAGGCCAACACCGUCGCGGGCACCGAGGCCAGCGCGGUGAAGAUGGUGCGGAAGUGCGCGUUUAGCUCGACGCUCGACGUCUACGACUACGCUUCCGCAGACUUGCAGAAAGAUUUGUCCGUGGGCCGGCUGAAACUCCGGGAAAAGCGGGAGGCCGAGGUGGAGGCAGAGCAGGAAAAAAUUAAGAACUUCGGAAAGGAAGAGGAAGAGAAGAAAGAGGCAGGUAUUAAAUAAACAGUUUACUGUAUCAUACUUGUCAUGCAUAGAUGGCCUAGUUGUCCUUGUCACCACGAUGAAAAACUUGUCAUGCAAAAAUGACUACUAGCUCUACUUUUGUCAUGCAAAAUUUGCAAUACCACCUAUAUCGCAGUUGUUCCCAUGGAAGUCGACCAGAAAAUGAAAGACUUCCACACCGGGCAAUACGAGCUGGUCGGUAUCGUGUCCCACAAAGGCCGAAGUCUCCAGGGCGGCCACUAUGUGGGGUGGGUGAAGAACCACUCCGCAGAUGGGAAAGACUACAAGGACGACCAAUGGGUACAGUUUGUGCAGUGGUUUCUGCAUCAGAGAUUUUUUCUGAGUUCUGAACUCUGCAUGGCAAAGGCGAGUAAUUCGUGAAUUGGUUACAUUAGUAGAUGCUGUGCAAUACAAAUCACAACAGCUCCUGUUCGACGAUGAGGAUGUGCUGCAAUACGAGUGGAAGCAGAUCACCGGAAUAAAUCUGGACCUGCAGGGCGGCCGCGCGGAUACGCAGAUCGCCUACAUGUGUCUCUUAUCAAAUGUAAAAAUGUCAUCUGGGUCUGGAAGAAUCCGAACUUGUGAUGCGUGUUGCGGAUCAUACAAAAAUCUGUGUUGCAUGACUUGCAAAAGGUCCCCACUUCUGGCCAUGUUGAGAGGGCAUUUCUCAUGCAGAAUAGGCAUCACCAAGGGGCUGCAGAACCUGUGAUGCUAGGCCCUGCAUUCCAGACCUGGCGGAGCUUGAAAAACUGCAUGACAAAUCUCGGAAUCUUCCAGACCCAGACAUUUGCGCAUUUGAUAUCUCUACAAGCGCAUCUCCUGCGUGAUGCCGGACACGCCGCCGAAAAGUUUCGACAUUGUCAUGGAAGACAAAAACGCGAAAAAGCCGAAAACCGGGUGAUAAAGCGUUGCUUCAUCGAUGAGAAAUAACAACCGAUGCACCGCAUAACCGGUUGCAAAUCAUCAUCGUUCGCAUCUGGCAGUGUAGAGUCCUUAACAAUUUUUCAAUGUACACAGCAGCGACGAGAAGCGCUGGAAAGAUAAGCUCGAAGACAAACGAUUUCAACCGACGCGACUUUGGUAUCAUAGUAGCAGGCAAAAUAACACUUCAGGAAAGGAU